AUUCCAUGCAAUUUCAGCUGGAAGAUUUGAGAAUAUUCAUUCCGGGCCCACUGCAGUCGCAGUUCAUUUUGAAGCAGCUAUUUCUAUUCAUAUAUACCUUCCCUUUCCCCUCGAAAAAUCACGUUCUCACUGCAUCUGGUAAAUUUUGCCACAUGGACCUGGGAAUGCGAUUCUGGGCGUGAUUGCACGUUUAUUUUUUUUUUGUAUCCGGCCGAGAAGGCAAGGAAGGGUGAGAGAAGGAGAGAUUUAAAAAAAAUAAAAGAAAUAAAAAGCAAAUGUCUUCGUGCUGCGAUAAAAGUUGCCCAUCGCGAAUGGUCAACUCAUCUCAUCUCUCCCAGGAAGACACUGGUGUGGAAAGUGGUGACAGCAUAUGCCCAGAUGGCAAUGUGGACAAUAAUGUCGGCGAAGAGAGUCAGGGAGAAAAUACUAGAGAUCCGGAAAACCAACUAUCCGAUGGCGACUUUGAAGCACUAUCCAAAAAUGAUCAGGGGUGGAGGAAAAUAGUACGGAAUUUUACACCUUCAUGGUUCACCGUGAAUAUGGGGACUGGGAUAGUCUCUAUCCUUCUCUUCAAUCUCCCAUACAACGGAGUGUGGCUCUACUGGAUAUCUGUUGUCAUUUUUGGGCUCAAUACAAUUUUGUUCAGCACGUUUCUGACAAUCUCCAUCUUGCGAUAUACCCUUUGGCCGGAGAUCUGGGGUGUUAUGCUCAAACACCAGGUUCAGUCACUUUUCAUCGGGACAUUUCCGAUGGGGUUUUCCACCAUCGUGUCGAUGAUUUCUCUGGUGUGUUCGCCUGUGUGGGGCAAUUGGGUGCAGAUAGUCACCUGGGCAUUAUGGAUAGUCGACUCCGUCAUUUCGCUUGCGUGUGCUGUCGGCUUCCCGUUUAUGUUAAUGAUACCUGGGAGACAAACGGAUUUACCUUCAAUGACCGCGGUAUGGCUGUUGCCCGUCGUCAGUACGAUCGUUGCGGCGUCUACCGGUGCAGUUGUAGCCGAUUACCUACCAACGCCACAACUCAGUCUGUGGACAAUCAUAGCUUCGUAUAUUCUCUGGGGCCUGGGGAUAUUAUUUUCCAUGAUAAUCCUCGCGGUGUAUUUUAAGAGGCUGGCGCUGUACAAGCUACCACCGAAAGCCAUGAUCGUCAGUACUUGCAUUCCUCUUGGACCAAUGGGUCAAGGGGGUUUUGUUAUCCUAAAACUCGGUGUCGAUGCGAAGAAAUUCUUCCCGCUGAAUAAUACCCUUGAUGCAACUGCUGGUGACGUAUUCUAUGCAGUCGGAUUCAUGAUCGCAUUGAUUCUCUGGGGGUUCGGUCUCCUGUGGAUGCUUUCUGCGAUUAUUUCUAUUGCUCAAUGCAAGCGAAUUCCCUUUUCAAUGGGAUGGUGGGCCUCCAUUUUCCCGCUGGGCGUUUAUGCUAAUUGCACCAUACUGAUGGCGAAAGAAAUGCCAUCUCAAUUUUUCAAAGUGCUUGGUACAGAAUAUCAGAGUAGUAACCUUCAGACUCCACAGGAGCCAUCACUGGGGCCAGACGGGGAGGAAAUCAGAGGAAUCCCUAGCAUCAACUCCAGCGUUGAUUCAUCACUUUCGGCCCUCCAUUGUUUACCUCAUUUGACACCUUUGAUAUCCAAAUAUGACGCCUUCCUAGUCGCAUGCUACUCAGUGCAUCCGCUGGUUGGAAUGCUGAAUGAGCAGAUUGGCAUCGUUACACCAAAUGCAAAGGCUCAGUUUAGAAAGAAGUACGUGACUGGUAUAUUCGAGGCAAGCGUGUGGAAAAGUAUUUCCCUACUACGUUCUAUUUCUGCUGUCAAUUCCAACGCCGAUGCUGGCAAGGGACUUGGGCCAGCAUUCGGAAUCAUUUCCACUGGGGAUGUAUGGAAGGAGAUAUUUGAAAACGCCGUGCCGGAGCUGCUGCGACGGCGCUCAGAUUUUGGGACGGAUAACAAUGUGGACCUGGAGUCAUUAUUUGCUGGGGUCGAGACCACAGGGCUUAGUGCUGUUGAGUUGCAUACUACACCUGCAGAAGAGGUCGAGAAAAGAAUGGUAGAAGCAACGGAACGAUUAAUUAACAGGGCUGGGAAACAAAUAGCAGCCAUAUGUCUCGGAUGCGCGGGGAUGGCAGGCAUGGACGGAGUUGUCCGUCUAGGGUGCAUAAGAGCGCUUGGUCCAGUGCUGGGAGAAAAAGUCGUUAUCAUCGAAGGAGUCGUUGCCGGAGUGGAACAACUGUUUGCAGGGCUGGAGUUCGGCCCAAGCUGCAGGAACCAGUUUGCUCGACUUAAUUUCCAACUUUCCCCUCCACCACGCGAGGACGCGUUCUCCACAUCAAAAUCAACAACAGCUUCAAGCAAAGUCAGGAAGAUGCCAAGGGAGAUCAUCACAAUCCAGGCUGGCCAGUGCGGCAACAAUGUUGGUAGUCAAUUCUGGCAGCAGCUAUGCCUCGAACAUGGAAUAAACAAAGAUGGGAAUUUAGCAGAGUUUGCGACUGAGGGAGGAGAUCGAAAAGAUGUCUUUUUCUACCAGAGUGACGAUACACGAUACAUUCCUCGAGCUAUAUUACUUGACCUAGAGCCAAGGGUUCUGAAUACCAUCCAAACCGGCGCCUAUCGCAACAUAUACAACCCUGAGAACUUUUUCAUUGGUAGGCAGGGGAUCGGUGCAGGGAAUAAUUGGGCUGCCGGAUAUGCGGCCGGUGAGAUUGUUCAGGAAGAGGUUUUCGAUAUGAUAGAUCGGGAAGCAGAUGGCAGUGAUUCAUUAGAGGGAUUUAUGUUGCUUCAUUCCAUCGCAGGUGGAACCGGGUCCGGAUUAGGGAGUUAUAUUCUCGAACGAAUGAACGAUCGAUUCCCUAAAAAAUUAAUCCAGACCUACUCCGUGUUUCCUGACACACAGGCAGCCGAUGUUGUUGUCAAUCCCUAUAACAGCCUGUUGGCCAUGAGAAGAUUGACACAAAAUGCAGAUUCAGUGGUUGUCGUGGACAAUGGUGCCCUUUCCCGAAUUGCUGCAGACCGAUUACAUGUGCAAGAACCUUCAUUUCAACAAACCAAUCAAUUGGUUUCUACUGUUAUGUCCGCAUCCACCACCACCCUUCGAUAUCCAGGGUACAUGCAUAACGACCUCGUCAGCAUCCUGGCGAAUCUCAUACCAGAUCCUCGUACCAGAUUCCUCAUCACGUCAUACACGCCUUUUACCGGUGAUAAUGUCGAACAAGCAAAGACAGUCCGAAAAACCACCGUACUAGAUGUUAUGCGUCGACUCCUCCAACCUAAAAACCGCAUGGUCUCAAUCGUACCCAGUAAAUCCAGCUGCUAUAUCAGCAUAUUCAAUAUCAUUCAGGGUGAAGCAGCUCAGACGGAUGUUGAUAAAUCGAUUCUCAGGAUUCGUGAACGUCGCCUGGCCACAUUUAUCCCCUGGGGGCCAGCUAGCAUCCACGUCGCUGUUCCCAAACGCUCUCCAUACCUGCCCAAUACUCAUAGGGUAAGUGGAUUAAUGCUGGCAAACCACACCUCGGUGGCAACCCUCUUCAAGAGGAUUGUUAGUCAGUACGAUCGGCUACGCAAGCGCAAUGCGUUCUUGGAACAAUAUAAAAAGGAAGCCCCAUUCGCGGAUGGAUUGGGGGAGUUUGACGAAGCCAGGACUGUGGUUAUGGAUCUCAUUGCGGAAUAUGAAUCUGCAGAAAAACCUGAUUACGCAGGUGGCGGGACGGAUAUAGAGGAGAAUUGA